AUGUAUUGUAAAUGGAGAGACAGAGUGAAAACAGAUUCACAUCUGAUGCAUGCACAGAGAGAAGUUGAGUUGGUGAAUCACUGUUUUGCUGAUGUGGAGCAUUUUAUGGCCCGUCUGCAGGAGACAGCAGAAGCUAAGAACAUUGUAGAGCACAGAUCAUUAAAAACAGCAAAGAAGGAUGAUAAGAAAAGCAAGAAGAAGAAAAAACAGUUUGACGGCCCUCUCAUACGAACGGUGAUCCCACCAUCAGAACAAGAGUUUGUGGAUGUUCUUCAGAAGAUUAAAUAUUCUUUCUGUCUACUGGAUCGCCUGAAGACGAAAAUCUCAGAACCAACCUCAGAACAACUCUUACACCAUGUAUUCAUCCCAUUGCAACUGAUGGUAAAGACCACAGGUGGUCCUGAGUUGGCAGCAACAGUGUCCAGCCCCGCUAUGACCAGUGGAGCAAUCUCCCUACUACAGAAGAACCUUAAUGAGCAUGAGAAACCACUGUGGAAGUCACUCAGCCCAAUGACCAUGCCAUACUCUCAACUUAGCGAGACAGUGCCUCAAUACACACCUGUCUUUCUGGAUGGCUGGCAGCCAAUGGCCACAGAUCCUCACGGACAGCCCUUCGAGGACCCCAUAGAGUCCCAGCACAGACAUGAAGCCCUCAUGCAGACUCAACAGGUCAUUGAUCAGGCGCGUCUAGCUGUAUACCAGGAACACGACGGGAUGGAAGACUCCCUGCCUCCUCACGAAGAAAGGCUGUACCGUUGCAGUUAUGACUUUGUGGCGAGAAACAGUAGUGAACUCUCAGUAUUACAUGGAGAAACCCUGGAGGUGUUAGAGUCAUCAAAGAGAUGGUGGAAAUGUAAGAAUGAAUACGACCAAAUUGGUUUCGUUCCACAUAAUAUUCUCGAGCCAAUCAAUCACGCAGAAGUCGACUCUUCCAACGUAGUAAUGCGCAACCAGUCUAUGAAAGCUCCUAUUCCUCCCCCGGGAGGAGGCAGAGCCUCGUGUGUUCUGCCCAAUUCCACAGGCAAAAAUGCUUUCCACCCUGAUCCACGCCCCCACAGUAUGCCACCAAUUGGAGACGACGGAGAUAAAGUAUUUUUGAUGAAUGAUGAGCUCUUGCAACGACUGGCCAAUGGUAAAUCAGCAUCGAUACGCCCAGUGGUAAUUAACAAAGCAAAUGAGACCACCGCCCCGCUGGACUAUCACUCCCCUCCAGCUGAGGUUCAGGGGUGGCUCAGUGCCAAAGGCUUCCAUGAUUACACUGUACAGAGUCUCGGUGUCCUAACGGGAGCCCAGCUCUUCUCUCUGAAUAAGGAUGAGCUGCGUGCCGUUUGUCCAGAAGAGGGAACCAGAGUCUACAGUCAGAUCAUGGUGCAGAAAGCACUGCUGGAGGAUAAGAGGAAGGCCACUGAGUUGGAGGCCAUAAUGAAGAAACAGAAGAUGAAAGUUGAUCUGAAAGCAGAGGGUGGAGAAUUUUAACGGAUAUCACUUUCACUCACACAUUCAGACAAGCAUUUAUGCUAAAGCUUUAACAGACAGGUGUGGCAUGAAUUAAGAUCUAUUUAACCAUAAUAUUUGCUUGUUUUAUGUCAUUGCUAAUAAAUAUGGAUCAUUACCACUCAUCAUUUGGAAAUCAAACCUGUAUAUUCCUUUAUGUAUUCUAUUUUAACUAUAAAUAAAAUAAAAUAAAAUACUGCUUGUAUUUAUA